AUGAUGUUUACCAAGUCGAUGCUGGCUGCCGUCUUGGGCGCUUCGCUGGUCAACGCCCACAUGAAAAUGAGCCACCCCGUGCCUUACAGCGCCGACAGCCUCAACAAUUCGCCGCUGGCGGCGGAUGGCAGUGACUUCCCCUGCAAGCUGCGCUCCAAUGCAUUCCAGGCCCCCACGCAGGAGAACAAGAUGGCGAUCGGCGAAUCCCAGAAGCUGACCUUCGAGGGAAGUGCCACCCACGGCGGAGGCUCGUGCCAGGUCAGCCUGACCACCGACAAGGAGCCCACCAAGAAGUCCGAGUGGAAGGUCAUCAAGUCGUAUGAGGGCGGAUGCCCGGCCAAUGUCGAGGGCAACAUGGGUGGCGGCGAGACUGCGACGGACCCUACCACUUUCAACUUUACCAUCCCCAGCGGUAUCGAGGCCGGCAAGUACACGCUCGCCUGGACCUGGUUCAACCGCAUCGGCAACCGCGAGAUGUACAUGAACUGCGCCCCCAUCACUGUGACGGGCGGCUCGUCCAAGCGCUCGGAAGAGGAAGUUGAGAAGCGUGACACCAAGUUCCCACCCAUGUUCGUCGCCAACGUCAACGGCUGUACCACCAAAGAGGGCGUGGAUAUUCGUUUCCCUCAACCCGGUGAUGAUGUCGACCAGGCUGGUAACCCAUCCAACCUCGCCCCCCAGGGUUCGGAGGCCUGCACUGGUACCGCGAAGUUCGGUGGCUCCGGUGCUACCUCCAGUGGCUCUGACUCGGGCUCCAGCGCUUCGUCAGCUCCCGCAGACAGCGCCCCUUCUGCAACUUCUUCGGCUUCUGCGGCUCCAGCCGCCGCCACCACCCAGUCUCCCGCUGCCCAGUCAAGCGCUCCGACGGAAUCUCAAGCCGUUCCUUCUGCAUCGCAGGCCCCAGCCCCUGCGUCCAGUGGAUCCAGCGAGGGUACCCUGAGCGGUUCAUGCAGCCCCGAAGGCACCUGGAACUGUAUCGCCGGCAGCUCGUUCCAGCGUUGCGCAGGCGGCCAGUGGUCCACCUCUCAGCAGUUGGCCUCGGGCACACAGUGCAGCCCCGGGCAGAGUGCAGAGAUGUCUAUUUCGGCCACCAAGCAGGCCCGCAUGAUCUCGGCCAUGCGCUUCCGCAAGCGCACUGUCAUUGGAGAGUAA